GUGCUGCCAACCUGGGCGCGCACCUGUAGCCUGGACAGACCGCAGGAAUGGCGAGCUCCCGCCUGCUGCCCCUGGCGCUGGCUCUGCUGCUGCUCGCCAGACCUGGCGACUCCUCCUCCGUCUUCCUUGAAGACACAGCUCCAGACCCAGGCUCACCCCCCUCACAGCCAGAGACAACCUCUCUACCCAUGUCUGCGUUCCCCAGUUCCGAGCCGACCAUCACAUCCCAGUCUCUACCCACGUCUGCGUUCCCCAGUUCCGAGCCGACCAUCACAUCCCAGUCCACGGACUUGGCUCCACAAGGGUCGCCCACUGCCUCCAGCCCAGCCCAGGAUGCAGGCUGGAUCUCCACAUCGCACAGGAACCCCGGUGUGGUGAUUGCUGUGUGUCUGCUUGUGUCUGUCUUACUCAUUGGCUCUGUGUUCAUCGCUGUGAGACAUAACCAUCGAGAUGCUCCAGAUUUUCAUAAUCUGGAUACGGUGUCUAUGGGCAGUGUGAGCCAGAGGCUGCCAUUUGCUGACUGCCUACACUCGUGACUCUCAGAGGCCUAGAGUUAUGGUGGGGGUGACACCUGGAAAGAACAGUGUCUGGAAACACUCCCUCCCUACCCCCCAUCCCUGCUAUCCUGACCUGGGGGAUAAGUGGCAAGGGGGACGUCUGGAGCCCAGGAGUUUCAGGCCAGUUUGGCCCACACAUCUAGUAUGCAACUCAGAAAUUAAUCCAGGUGUGAUGGAGCACACUUGUCAUCCCUGCACUUGGAAGUAGAGACAGGAGGGUCAUGUAUUCAAGUCCACUCUGAGCUACGUACAGGGUUUGAGGUCAGCCUGG